CUUCCAGUCAUAAUUUUCCGAAUCACCUGUCCUACAGGUAUCCUCGCUUCCUACCCAUGAGGAACGUGCUGUUCGGCGCGGGAAUGGCAUUCAAGGAGGCUUUUCCAAAACCGAAUUUUCCAUUCGACAAUUUCAUGGUUGUUGUUGUUGUUGGCAUUCUCGGCCGGGAAAAUUCAUCAUUUCGUUAAUGUUCGGUGAAAUUCAACACAACAUUUUCAUCUCUUUCGCAAACGAACGGAAAACACGGGAAAUAGGAGCAAAAAGCAUGACCAGAGACGACGAUUUUCCGUUUUGGUGGUGAGAUUCGAGGGAAACUUGGAAAAUACACUGGUGCCUGUGACGACGGUGGCCGGAGUAGUCUGUUCAGAAUUUUCAUGCCGAGCACAGUAGUUGUAUAUUCAAUGGUCGAAGAAAAGUGAAAAUUGUGUGUAUUUUUAUUUUCUCUUUUUGUUUUUUUUUGAAAUGCUCGAUUUUUCCCAAUUUUUUUCACUUCACUGUACAAUGCAUCUGUGAAGUGUAGUGUUUCGUGUGCUGCUCCGGGAAAUGCUAUCUAUUUUGUGCUGUGCUGCUACAUACUUUGUGCGAAUGUACCCUUAGCUAUGUAUGAUAUGUAGCUGUGUCUGACGGCAUAGCAGGCUGUUGCAUACGCAAGAUACUUUCCUUCUUGCGUUCGGUUUGAUCUCUGGAAAAUCGGGAAAAACAGCGAAAUUGGAGCGAAACGUAAAAACCAAACCUGGGCACUGAGUUCCCGAAAGGUUUUUCCUCGUAUGAUUCUUUCUCUUUUUGUAUGUAAAGUUUAGUGCGGAAAACUGAAAGUUGAUUGAUGAAGGAAUACGGUUUGUAGGGAAAUCACUGUGUGAGCUGGUUCGCCUUGGAAGCAACUUAGAUCUGCAUAGAUCCAGCGCUCCUUUAUUUAUUUUACCGAAUUGCGUGUACGAAUCACGGAAUGUGCUACUGUUUUCUCAAUUGUACAUUGGCGGAAAAUAGUUUUCCGUGUGAUUUUUCCAGUGUCUGAUGUGGAAUUUGUGUUAAGUGAUCGCUUUCGGGUUCUCCAUUCGGAAAACGAAUUAUGCUCGGUGGUAGUUUGGGUUAUCUUUCGAAGAUACCGAACUUAAUCCCAAUUUUCUGGAGUUAUUCGGAAAAAGCGGUUGUUGGAAAUUAGCUUAAUUUAGUACAUUUUCUUUUAAGAUUUUCUUUUAUCCUCGUGGUUCGUUUUUACCGUAAUAUCCUUACUCUUUCGUUUACCAAGUGAAUAUUCGUAAAUCUCAUUGAGUGUUACCAAAAGGUUGAAGGAUAUCAGACAUUAGAUACAACUGGCAACAAAGCUAAGGAAUAUCCUUACGGAUUCAACGCACAGAUCUCAAAAGGAAUUACUGAGUGGAUUAUAUACACUACAUUUCAUACAUUACGUAUAUUACUUACACACGCUGACGAAACAUAGAGCGUACAUACGUCAGUUCUACCGUUCCAUAUCGUCUCCCUUCAUAUCGUCUUUUUCUUCGAUGUCUUAUUACUCUGCUUCGAGCCAGAGAUCGGAUAAGGAAUAUUAUUCUAUGCUGAUGGUUUUUUCAUUGACCUGAAGGACAUUCAUCCAAUCUCCCCAGAAUCCCAACGUACAUCAGGAAUUACUCAGAGAAGGAGCUCGGGCCAACUAUACAAUUGUUGUUCGGAGGAGAAAUUGACUUUGUGGAAUAGUGUCAAUAACAAACUCGGCGAAAGACAUUAAGGAAAUGUGUCCGUAGCAAUGGCAAAAACUGCGCGACGGUCAGUAACGUCCAAUCCGUCGUCGCUGACACAACCUUCAUCUUCAUCACAAUCAAAUAAUAACAAUAGUAACAACAACAACAACUAUUCUGCAAUAGGAAUAAAUUCAAGUAGUAGCGAUCACUAUCAGAAAGCGCCUACAAACAAUUCAUUAUCGCCUCAAGCCACUAUUGAUCCUCUACGCUCAACGGGUUAUCAUCAAUUUACCACGCCACCACAUUCAAUAGGAAACUAUAGCAGUCGUCAUGGCAAUCGGACUACGAGUACAGUUCGAUCAUUCAAGAACAGUUCCAGUAGCAGAAGUGAUAAUGAAAAUAUUAGCAUUAGCAAUAACUCAACAAAUUCAACAAGUGGCCAGCAACAAUUCAAUAGUACAACAGCUGCAAAUCGUCUGGCGGCCGAACGAGAAAGGAUUAGGAUGGAAUUUUAUGCCACAUAUGACGUCAUGACAGGCGUACGGAUAGCAGCAACACUCGGAGGAUUUUUUGGUCUUAUGGUCUUUUUGAUUGUCUACAAAAGUCGGAGUCAUUCGAAUGACACUUUGAAAGUUCUGAAGGAUCCUAAAAUGGCUGCUGUCGCAGCAGCAUGCAUGCAAGAGGAGGAGGAGCGCGAGAUACAGGAGGCGCUGGAAGCAACAGGUCUCUCCCUAUAUCCUGACGACUAUGAUAAUAUGUUUUUUCGACGACAACGAAUGUUUUCGCUGGGAAAUGUUAGUGCGCCUCCAGUUUUACACCGAAACUUCCGAUUUUCUUCCGUUGGAGGAGGAGGAUAUAGUAGUCUACUAGAGCCACCCCGACGUUUUUCAUACAGCGGUGGACGUCGAAAAAGUGGUUCGGAAUCAUCUAGGAUACUUAGUGCCUACCCAAUGGGUAGUAGUUUUGGUACCGAAGACUAUUUCGUAGAAACCGACGAUGAACUAGAAAAUGAAUUUGAUGGGAUCAGUACACGAGAAGAUGAAUCAUCGGAGAAGCCUCAUCAUUUAUUAGAAGUUCCACUUACACAAGUUCCAUCCGAUUCACGUCGCAGCAGUGGCAUGACAUGUUGUAGUACAGAAAGCUCCUAUUUGGAACGCCGAUGCUCCGCCUUCACACUGGGUUUGAGUUCAUUUCAAAAGAAAAUGCCUCCUGAUUUCUCAUCUUCACGUCGUUCGAGUACGGAUCUAUGGGAUUACUACUAUCCUGACAUUCAAAUCAUCAAUCCAACGCCAAAAGUAUCGCCAUGUCCUAGUGAGCGUGAUCUUCGUGAAAGAACUAAAUUGGAAACGAUUACGACACCAGCUAGUGUAGGAUUAGUUUCAAAAGUUGAUAGUUGCGGUACUAGUUCUAGUUAUUAUAAUCAAUAUAGUAGGAAGAUUUUACGGAAAGGAUCUUACAACAACUCUGAUAGUAUAGAGGAGGAGGAUCCAGCGAUGUGCAUGGACACGAAUGAUUAUAAGAAAACGUCGAGACAAAGGUACGACGACACUAACGAGCUGAAACUAAUUGUUAGACAUGAAACGGCGGACCCAACUAAUAACAAUCAUAUUUACCAUAGUAACAAUAAUAGCAGCAGUUUUCAUAGUGUACAGUAUCCAAAUGAGGACAGUAGUAGGCGAGCUCCACUGGCAUCGCUAAGUUCCUUCAAGAUCUCCUCUGUGGACUAUCAGGACUCGGAUUUGAAGAGUCUCGGAUCGGACUCGGUUUUUGUUGAAAGCUACGCUGACACGGACGACGACAUGGAGCAGUUUAGCACGGACAGCGACGAGGUUAGUCUUAGUCUAGGAACGGAUCAUCAAAAGGUCGACCAGCAGCCGCAGAAACAGCCUGCACUGGACCUACCAUCCUAUUCGCACAAAUUGACGGACAUUAGUCACACGAUCACUAUCGAUAGCAAUAAGAAAUUACUAAGCACAAACAAACGAACUAGGCCAACGCUAGAAAGGCAUCGGACGAUCUCCUCUACGUCCAACGAUCGGAUCAUGCUCAUAUCACAACAAUCACAAGAACUUCCAAUGCACGAAUUGAAUCCCGACGGUAUCGUAACGAGGGGAUCAUCCUUCGAUCGCUCUGAUGACGGAGCACAGGGUUAUAGUAUUCCCACGAGUAGUAGAUCGUCCGGGGGUGGUACGGGUGGAAGCUGCACCACCGGAACAACCCAGAAAACCGAUUUACAGAAGCCAACAACUAGCUUUAGUUAUGAUAAUAAUAAUGAUAGCGUUAGCUGUAGCAGUAGUAGUGUGAACAACAUUAAUCGAUUUCAUAAACCUGAAACUGCUGACGGACACAAUGGUGAACAACAUUACAAAUCAAAAUCUAGUUAUAGCUCUAAUAAUAGUCGUAAAUGCGAAAAUGUCGAAGUUAAUGUUAUUAUUGAAAAUAGACCAACGCAAACAGCAACAACAAUUAGUCCUUCUGUGAUUCUGGAAUUACCUGUGAUAGCACUACCAUCACAGGCCAAUAACGACGAUGAAGAUGACCCACCAAGAGAUCCUAGUCUACCUGGGACAUCUAGAAAAUGGUCCAAAGAGACAUUGUUCUAGCUUUAACUAUCAAUUAUGAUUUACAAUUAUUAUUAUUAUUAUGACUAACAGUUAGGCGAAAAAAAGAACAAGAAAUAAAACCAAAAUUCAAACAUGUGAACUUAUAAUGGACGAUCCAAAUGAAGAAAAAACAUAUAUAGAUGUAUAUGAAAGAAUUAUUUUAGUAAGUUUAUAAGAAAUUAUUAUAGCAGAGGUGAACCUAUUGAAAUACCUUAUGGGCAACAUAUAUGGAAAUCAACAAAUCAACAAACAAGCAUAUUUAAGAGAAACCAACCGUACGCAAAAUUAAUUGUAAAAUGUUAAAAAUGUGCAUGUUAAAUAUAGUAAGGACAGGAAAUACAAAGUAACAUUGUUGGCUUGUUUAAAAAAAAAUGAGAACAAUCGAAAUAAAAUCAAACGUAUCGAAAAGUUGGCAAUACAUAAUGAA